UGUGAGGAGACAUGUGCACUAACAUCGUGGAACUGAACUGAAUUGAACUGUCUGUCUGUGUGGAAAUAUCAUUAAUGGAUGGCGAUCUCGUUAAUACAAGCUGAAUCUUUAAUAUAAUCCAGACUUUUGUUGUCGGUUCAGGAACAGAAGACUGAUCAUAAAAAAUGGAGUACAUGCAAAACCCAGCAACGAGCAGCCAAGGCAACAUCCUUUGCUGCACAUGUGGUAUCCCUAUUCCCCCGAAUCCCGCCAACAUGUGUGUGUCCUGCCUCAGGACCCAGGUGGACAUCUCAGAAGGAAUCCCGAAGCAAGUGACCAUAUAUUUCUGCAAGCAGUGCGAACGGUACCUGCAGCCUCCUGGAACCUGGGUGCAGUGUGCUUUGGAGUCGCGGGAGCUGCUGGCUCUCUGCCUGAAGAAACUCAAGAGCUCAAUGGCCAAGGUGCGGCUCAUAGACGCGGGCUUCUUAUGGACAGAGCCUCACUCUAAAAGGAUCAAGCUGAAGGUUACCAUUCAAAAAGAGGUAAUGAAUGGGGCGAUCCUGCAGCAGGUGUUUGUGGUAGAUUUUGUCGUCCAGUCGCAGAUGUGUGAUGAUUGCCAUCGUGUAGAAGCCAAGGAUUACUGGAAGGGCGUGGUGCAGGUCAGACAGAAGACGGUUCACAAGAAGACAUUUUAUUACCUGGAACAGCUGAUUCUGAAGCACCGGGUGCACCAGAACACACUUCGCAUCAAGGAAAUCCAUGAGGGUAUUGAUUUCUACUAUGGCACCAAGCAGCAUGCCCAAAAGAUGGUGGAUUUCUUACAGUGCACGGUGCCCUGCAGAUCAAAGGCCUCGCAGCGUCUGAUCUCCCAUGACGUGCAUUCAAACUCCUACAACUACAAAAGCACCUUCUCUGUGGAGAUCGUGCCAAUCUGUAAGGACAACGUAGUGUGUCUGUCUCCUCGUCUGGCGCAGAGCAUGGGAAACAUGGGUCAGGUGUGUGUGUGCAUCCAGGUGACCAGCACUGUGCACCUCAUCGACCCAAGAACGCUGCAGAUUGCUGAAAUAGAUGCCAACACGUACUGGCGCUACCCAUUUAACAGCCUCCUUAGUCCACGCCAGCUGGAGGAGUUUAUAGUCAUGGACAUUGACAUUAUCAGGGACCAGCGGUUAGGAGCAGGAGCUGGUUUGAGAUCCAGUCGGCACACCUUGGCUGAAGUGUGGGUUCAGAAGACCAGCGAGAUGGACACCAGUCAGCAGUAUCAUUGCCGCACCCACCUGGGCCACCUACUCAACAUUGGAGAUCUGGUGAUGGGCUAUGACUUUGCCAAUGCAAACAUCAACGAUGCGUUUCUGAACAAGAUGAAUCCACACCAUGUUCCUGAUGUGGUUCUAAUUAAGAAGAGCUAUGACCGGGUAAAGAGAAUGAAGCGCAGGAACUGGAAACUAAAGACCCUGAAUAGAGACAGAGAGGGCAUGGACACGGAUGAUGAGAGGCAAUACCAGGACUUCUUGGAGGACCUUGAGGAAGAUGAAGGGUUGAGGAAGAACAUCAACAUCUUCCGAGAUGCCUCUAAGGUUCCUGUGGAGAGUGACACGGAUGACGAGAGUGCUCCGAGGAUCUCUCUGGCGGAAAUGAUGGAGGACCUGAGUCUUAAUGAUGCUACCGGAGGAAAAGGAGCGGACAUGAUGACUGAUUAGACUUUCAUAUGACACACAAAGCUCAGAGAGAUAACUACCUGUGAUUAUGGUUUGGGUGGUUAUUUAGUGGGUUUUUGUCUUAGCCCUGAGGAAUCCCAGAAAGGCUCGAUUAUUAAUCUUUGUCAAACAGGAUUUGAGCUUGAAAGCUAACAUUUUACCUUCAGGGAGGUAUUUGAUUGUCCAUAGGUAUCAACUCAAAUAAGAAUGCUUCAACUAUGUUUGUAUGAAAAUAUAAUAAUGAAAUGUUGUAUUUACUCAAGUGCCAGCAUAUUCUAGUUAACGGGGUACCAGCUGAAGUGGCUAGUACAUGGUAUUGUGAUGGAAAGUGCAUCCACUCAACCAAUAAACUGGUCCUGGUUAA